CAGGCGCCAUUUUCUAUUCGAAAUGGGACUCUUCGCGCAAAUUGGCGUUCUUUCAAGGCGGUUGGAGGAACGCAAAUAUGUUGGAUGAUGUUUAUGCUCCCCCCACCAUUCAAGAGGUGGCUAGUCGUAUCAACGUCAUUGUAAAUCGCGCCUCCUUUUCUCUCAACACUAUCAAAUCUAUCGAGCUGUUAGAAAAGUACUAUUGCAACAAAGACGGCAUUGAUGGUUUAAAAAU